UUAUGCUCUUGAAUUGGAAAUCUUGCACUAUGUUCAAUUGCUUUUAGCUUGUGUUUCAUACACCUGAGAAAGUAGAAGAUCAGUUGCCUCUUAGGCGUUUCCAUACUUGUUAUCAGUUUGUCAAAGAAGAUGACUUGUACGUGUAAAUUUGUAAUUCUCACAACCUAUGACUAAUUCUUCUAUGGGACUCAAUUUGAUGUAGUAUAUUGGUUCUCACUUGCCGUUUUAUUUUCUUUUUCUUUUUGCUGUACAUAUAUACAAAUGAAUAAUAGUUUUUUACGAUAAUUAUCGUUUAUUUUAUCAAUGCGUCUCACUGACAAUCAUACAUUAAGCAUAAUUGCAAAAAGUAUUCGAUGUUUCGAAAAUUGACAUUUGUAUCCCAACAUAAAUAUUCUGGCUCGCCAGGAUUAUGAAGUGGCAUGCCAAAAUUCGCAUGUGGUGUUUCUUAUGUGUCCACAAUAUGUGACACAGAGUUCUUUAACAUAUAAACCCGUGAUUUGAAAAUGCCAUUUACGUUUAGCCCUGGUAGGAGGUUCUAAGAUAUACCCAACUGGGAGUAUGAUGAUCACGUUGAGACAUAAAUGCUGUACUCUGUGGCAAACAUUGGGACAAUAACAAUUACUCAAGUUCCUAAGACCUUUAUUCACAAAUUUUUGUACAUCUAUUUGGUUUUGAUCGUAUAUUGGUUGUGGUUGCAUAAGUUACAAUCCCAAAGUCACCAAAUGAGUUUUUCAAAUUAAAUUUCCCUUCCUUUUGUUGUUUGCUUUGUUAUUGCAGUUUUGUUGUCUCUGCAGUUUCCUGGUACACAUUUUGGCCUAAUUUUAGGUCAGAUUUUGAGAACUUGGACAAGCAAAGGCCCCUGGAUUCUUUGGUUAACAAAAUGUUCCCGAAAUUUGGUGAUCGUGAUAUUUUGUUAUCAUCCUAAAGAUUGAAUGGAAAUGGAGCUAGAACUAAAGCGGAUGAUGCAGAUGGAGAAAUGGAGCAAAUCACAAUAACGAUCCGGAAGGAAACAAGAAUGGAUAGUGAAGAACAAGAUCAUAAGUACUGUUAGACCCACUCAGAUAAAACUGAAGUAGAAUCACUUUGACCUUAUUUUCCAAAUUGGCAAGUUGUACCUCCCAUCAGUAAAAAAUGAGCAUGUAAAGUUAAAGACACUUUCAAUGCUUGAAAGAGGCAUUGGGUUUAGACUCCCAACAGACACAAAAUUCCUCACUCAACAUUGCAGAAUUCUGAAUCAGCUCAAAAUUAUCCAUGCCAACCUUGUGAAAUGCCCCUUCUCAGCUGACAUCGCCACUUUUACCUCUCUCCUCUCAGAUGCUGCCACCUCCUCUAGCAUUACCUUGUUCUCAUAUGCUUGUGUUAUAUUCCAAAACCUUCGGUCCCGUACUACCUUUCAGUACAAUACUGUAAUUAGAGGCUUUGUGCAAUCCAAUCAACCCAUAAAGGCCAUCUUGUGCUACAAAGAUAUGAUGAGAGAUGGACUUAUCAAGAAUAACUACACUUUUACACCUCUAGUCAAAGCUUGUUCCAUGGUUUCACAGGAGUUUGAGCGUAUAGGUUUAUUGGUACAUGCUAAUAUUUUUAAAUUAGGAUUUGGUUCUGACCUAUUUAUUGCAAGCGCUUUGAUUGAGUUCUAUGCCUUAAAUCUUGACAUGGGGACAGCAGAAGAGUUGUUUGGUGAAAUUCCAGUGAGAGAUGUGGUUAUGUGGACCACAAUGGUCGACGGUUAUGGUAAAAUAGGAGACAUUAAGAAAGCGAGAGAAUUGUUUGAUAAGAUGCCAGAGAGGAAUGUGAUAUCUUGGAGUUCAAUAAUUGCAGCAUAUUCACGGAAAAGUGAUUUCAGAGAAGUGUUAUGCUUGUAUAAAACAAUGGAAAACUUGAGUUUGAAGCCAAAUGAGUCGGUUCUGGUGAGUGCACUUACUGCAUGCGCUCAUCUUGGUGCAUUAUCACAGGGUUUAUGGAUACACUCGUAUGCCAAGAAAUGCAGGUACGUCUCCAAUCCUAUUCUAGCUACCGCAUUGGUUGACAUGUACUCAAAAUGCGGUUGCGUGGAUCUAGCUUUAACAGUUUUUGAAGAGAAUCGAGAAAAGGACUGCCGAGCCUGGAAUUCUAUCAUAUCUGGAAUGGCACUACAUGGGGAUGCGAAGAAAUCACUCAAACUAUUUAAUGACAUGGUUCUGAGUGGGACCCGACCAACUGACGCUACAUUUGUUGCUGUCCUCACUGCUUGUACUCAUGCUAGGAUGGUCCAAGAGGGCCUAUCUCUGUUUGAGAGCAUGACAAGAGUCUACAAGAUUGAGCCUAAAAUCGAGCAUUAUGCCUGUGUUGUAGACCUCUUGGCCAGAUCAGGUGAGAUAGAGAAAGCCGAGAAAUUCAUUGAAGAUAACAUCCAUGGAAUUGGGGAAGGGGAUGGUAAUGUAUGGGGAGCUCUGCUGGGGGCAUGUAGGAUUCAUGGGAAGGUCGAUAUUGGGAAUAGAUUGUGGAUAAAGCUAGCUGAUAAGGGAAUUGCUGAUUACGGGAUCCAUGCACUGGCUUAUAAUAUGUACCGGGAAUCUGGUUGGGUACAUGAAGCAAAAAACAUUAGGAGACAGAUUGAGACGAAACAAAUGAGGAAAAAACCGGGCUGCAGCACUGUAGAAGUUGACGGAAUCGUGGAGGAGUUUGUUGCUGGUGAUGUUUUGCAUCCUCGGGCAGGCGAUAUUUGUAAGAUUCUUGAUCUUUUACUGAGUGGUGUAUCAUGUCCUAUAACAUUGUAUGAGUAUGAUGACAGCACUACUUAGUAACUACAUGUCUUCAUAACAUUUCAUUUUUUCUAGAUAAGGUAAUAAAAUGUCAAGAUUGAGAUAAA